AUGGUUAAAAUUAUUUUAAGUAUUCUUUUAAUAUUUUCGUUUACUCUCAACAUUAGCAUUUAUUCAAAAUAUACAACAAAAAAUAACCUUUCAUAUUUCUUAACGAACAAAAACAAUAAUAAAAAAAAUCCAUAUUCUAAUAUUUUAACUAAAAUAAAAAAUUAUACAAUUAAAGCUAUCUAUAAAACUGAACUUUUAACAUAUUUAAAUGAUAUAAAUAAUUUAAAUUUGGGAAAUGGAAAAAAUGAAUUUUAUUUAAUUGCUUUGCCACUUAGCACAUUUUGUCAUAAUAAUAUACAAUACAGUGAUAAAGCUUCAUUGCCAAUAUUUAUAUAUGAUAUACUUUUAAAUAAACACAUUGAAGUACCAUGGAAUUUUGUUAUUGAAAAAGUAAACAUAAAAAAACCCUUAACUUAUGAAAAUGUUUUUAUGACUGAUAUAAAUAAGUUUUGUGAACAUAAAAAUAUUAAUAAAUUAGACAGAAUUUUUAUUAAUGUACUUGAUUUCAAAUCAAAAAAGAAUUUCAUUUUUUUACCAACAUGGAUUAUGAAAACAUUGAAUCUUAAUUGUUUUGAUGUAGUAAGACUUAGAUUUGUGAAAUUAGAAACUUGUAUUAGUGUAGUAUUGCAACCACAUGAUAAAAAGUUUUUUGAAUUAGAAGAACCAAAAAAAAUAUUGGAAGAAAAAUUAAGAUAUUAUUCUUGCCUUACAAAAAAUAGUACUAUAUGCAUAAAUCAUGAUAAUUUCAUUUACUAUUUUGAUGUAGUUAGAAUUGAUUCAGAAAAUAAAAAAAAUGUUGAAGUAGCUUCCAUCCAAGAUACAGACGUAAUUUUUGAUUUCGUUAAGGAAAAAUAUGCAAAAUGA